UCAAGCGACGGAGCGUGAACUCGCUCUGCUUCGCAAUUCCAUCAACGAAUGCCGCGCCAUGAGAGACUCGCUAGAACACCGAUUACACUCGCUCGAGUGUCUCAUCGAUGACCGCUGCAAGUUCCUCGACGACACGGAGAACCAGAUCGGUUGCAUGAAGCAGCAGUUAGCCUCCCACUGCUGCGAAAUCGACGCCAAGGAGCGGGAGUACCAUGCCAUCCGGCGGAGCGUGGAGGAGCGGAGCAUGGAGCUUGAAGCCAUGGAGGAUGCGCUGAAAUCGGUUCGGAGUCAGAUAGGUGAGUGCGAGAGGGAUUUGAGAUUGAAGGAGGAAGAUUGUAAUUGGAAGUUGGAGAUGAUGGACCAGUUGAUCAGUGAGCGCGAUGAAAUUCGCAAGAAGGUGGAGACGGCGAUUGAGGUGUGUGAGGCUGAUCUUGUUGUGAAGGAGAGUAGGUUGAGUGUGCUUGUAGGGUUGAUUCGGGAGCGGGAGCAGGAGCUUCAGGCGAAGCAUGUUGAGUUGCAUAAUAUUCAUAGGGAAUGUGAGUGGAAGGAGAAGGAGCUCGGUGGAUUUUCGGAGAGAAUUGAUGAAUGCAAUAAGGAGAUUAGGGUGAAGGAGGGAGAGCUUGAUUCAGUGCGGAGGUUGAUUGAUGGAGAAGGGAAGGAGAUGGAGUUUAAGAGGAGGAAUCUGAUGAAAGAGAUUGAAUUGAACAAGAAGGAGUUUGAUUCUUUCAGGAGGUCCAUGAGAGAAAAGAGCGAGGAGCUUGAGAAGAAAGAGAGGAAGCUUGGAGAAAGAGUGAAGGACUUUGAUUCGUUGAAGAAGCAAUUUGAAGAGCGAAUCAAGGAGUUCGAGUCAAAAGAGAAGCAAUAUGGAGGAUGGGGGGAGGAGCACCAGGCGAAGGAGAGGGAAUUUGAAGAAAGAGUGAGAGAAUUUGAAUCAAAAGAGAAGCAAUUUGAAGUAAGAGUGAAGGAGAUUGAAUUGAGGGAGAAGCAAUUUGAAGGAAGAGUAAAGGAUAUCGAAUUGAGGGAGAAGCAAUUAGAAGGACAAGCCAAGGACCUCUCUUCAAAAGAGAAGAAAUUUAAAGGACAAGUCAAGGAGCAUGAGUCUAAACAGAAGCAAUUUGAAGGUCAAGUGAAGGUGUUAGAAUCAAAAGAGAAGCGAUUGGAAGGACAGCUGCUUGAGCUCGAAUCAAAACAGAAGCAUUGUGAAGGACAAAUGAAGAAGUUUGAUUCAGAUCAGAAUCGGUUUACGAUAGAAGUGAUGGUGCACAAGUCAAAAGAGAAAAAACUUGAGGCACAACAGAAGAUGCUUGAGUCAAAAGAGAAGCAAUAUGAUGGGCAAGUGCAGGAGCUUAAGGCAAAGGAGGAACAGUUUGAGGUGCGAGCAAAAGAACUUGAAUCAAAAGAGAAGGAAUUUGAAGGACAAGUGAAUGAUCUUGAGUCCCAAAAGAAGCAAUAUGAAGGACAAAUGAAGGCGAUUGAGAUAAGAAAGGCAAUGCUUAAUAAGCAACUGGAGAAGAACAUGUCAAAAGAGAAUCAGUUGGAAGCACAAAUGAAGGAUCUUGAGUCCAAAAGGAAUCAAUAUGAAGAACAAGUGAAGGAGCUUGAGCUAAAAGAGGCGCAGUUUAGGCUGGCACUCAAGAAGCUUGAGUCAGAAGAAAACCAGUUUGAAGGAAGACUGAAGGAUCUUCAGUCAAAACAAAAUCAAUUGGGAAGGCAACAGAAGGAGCUUGAAUUAAAAGAGAAGCGAUUUGAAUCAUUAAGAAAAUCAUUUGAAGAGGGACAUGUGUUGAAAGAGAAGUCCAAUAUCCUUCUUCAUCAAGUGAAGGCUGAGCCUCAGGAUUUUUCAGACGCCAACAGUGUAAGCUUGUGCAAGAAUUUGCAGUUGCUUUUUAAUCUUCUGAAAGAUUAUCUGUUGUUGUGCAGUCAAGUCUCUGAUGCUCUUCAAACAUUAGCUGACCCGGGUAUAGUGGUGCUAGACACAAUAAAAGGCUACUGUCCUCCUCAGUUGAGGCAAGAACUUGCUGAAUGUGAUUCAAAUUUGUCAAGGAGACUACGCAAUCUUUUGAUUGAUGAAUUGAAGAAAUCUUCACCAGUAAUUAGUUCAUUUGUAAAACAAGAAGCAAUCAAAUUCGCAAGUGACUGGAUGGAAAAUUUAAUGGUACCUAAUGUAGAUUGUUUGGAGAUCCUAGACUUUUUGAAGUUUGUUUCUACUUAUGAGAUUGGUUCAUCUUUCUAUGGACAUGAACUUCAGAGGCUUCUAGAUAUAAUUGUCCCCCAUUGUCAGUCUCCACAAACCCAUUGUGAUAUAGAGAAACUACCAGAUAAUCAAAUAAGUCCCACCACCACCUAUGAUGGAAGAAAUUUGCAGUUUCUCUCAAAUGAGCCUGAAUUGAUUCGCAGUGACAUUUUAGCUUGUCUCCAAACAUCAGCAGAUCCAGCAACACUUGUUUUGGAUAUAAUUCAGAACCCUACUGCUCCACAGGACAGGAAGGGAAAUGAAGGCAUAAUUAUUGAUGAGACCCACAUCUCUCUCUUAGAUCAGCUGAUGAGAAUCUCACCGUCACCGUUUAUCAAACCCCGUAUAAGAGAUGCGGCAAAAAAGCUAGCAGUUGCUUUGAAAGCAAACAUGAACCCAAGCGAUGAAAAUUCUUUCAUGGUUCUUGGUUUUCUACAACUUUUAUCUAUUUAUGGAUUAGUUUCUUUCUUCGAUGAAGAUGAAGUUUACAAGCUUUUUGAAUUCGUUGCUCAACACAAGCAAACUGUAGAGCUGUUUCGGACCCUUGGUUUUGCGGAUAAAAUUGCGGUUUUUGUUCAGAAUCUUGUUGAGAAGAAGCAGUACGUUGAUGCUGCUAGAUUCAUUUGUGCAUAUAAGCUGGAUGACAAGAUAAACCCAAUUGAUCUCUUGCGGUUCGAAAUAUCGAGAGCAGAACGGAUUUCCAAAAAAUUCAGAAAGAAGCCCAUUGAGCAAAAGGUUAGGUGCAAAGAACUAGAACUUGGCAUUCUGAGGAAAGUUCGACAGUGCAUUUCGGAUAACAAUCUAGAAUCUCAGGAUCUAGUUAACAAAGUUCAAUGCCGAAUUCUUUUGCAAGAAAGGAGGAGGGAAGCACUUAUUGUGCUAGCAAAGCAGAAGGAAGAACUUGGUCGUCUUGUAUCAAAGCUUUCCUCCGCACUUGAAGUGCACCAACCUGAAGAAAUGAAACGCGCCAACAAAGAAUUUACCGAAAAUCAAGUGCAUCAACCUGAAGAUAGGAUCAGUGCAGAUAUCGCAGUCACUCAGAAUCAAGUUAAAGUGCAACAACCUAAAGAAAAUAAGAGUGCACAUGGAGCAGUCACCGAAAAUCAUGUUAAAGUGCAACAACCGGAAGCACAGAAACCUGCCGACAGAGCAGUCACCAUGAAUCAAGUUCAAGGGCAACAACUUGAAGAAAACAUAUCUACUAAUGUAGCAGUCACCAUGAAUCAAGUUCAAGUUCAGCAACCUCAGGAGAAGAAACGUCCUAUUGAAGCAGUGCCUAAUGAUUAUCAAUUACAUCAGUCGGAUCUCGACAACAAACGUCCUCGGACUGGUGCAACACACCCUCUGCCUUCUCAUGUCUUCACUUCUCAUUACCAACAUACCUUUUCUCCUAGUGAAAUGCCUGCACCUUUUGGACUCCCCCCAAACUACUAUGGUGUUACUGGUGGAGCAGAUUACUUUUGCCACCCUAGGCCUUACCCCGCUUUCAGAUGACCGUGUGAAUAUGCUUUUAGGGAGUAGCAUCUCGGGUUCUGUAUCCACAACCAAUACUAACUCUAUAAUGGUGUAGUGUUUUUUGUGCUUGUAAACAGUAGAUUUUGCUUAGGUUGGGUAGCCCCAUAUUUAUGGAUUAUAAGAUUAAUGAAUUAAUUA